AUGGGCUCCUCGACCCAACUAACGUCGAGCAAUACGAUACAAUCGCAACCUGAACUCAGCACAUCCUGGUUUCACGAGCGGUGGUCGAAGGGCACCACUUCGUCCGGCCCCAAUUACAACGCAAUCGCCAAGAGUCCCGAUCCCAGGUCAACUGUCAGCGAGCCAAGCGGCAUCAGGUCGGGCACCCCCAGCGCAUCUGGCGAUACGGCGCAGCGGUCGAGGUCGCGUUCAACCAGCCCGGCCAAAACGACCACCGCGCUUAACGGUCUCGACAAGCCCGUGCGCUUUCCGGUUAUAGCGGAUAACCCGUUAGUCCAGCUACCGGUUGAUGUGCAAAGCUUAUACAAACAUAUCCGGAAUAUCACCGUGCACUACGAGGCGUUCAUACCUCUUUCAAUCCAAAAAGAUAUUGACAGUGCCGCCGGCCGCCGCCAUAGAAAGACAUGGUUCUACCAUGACGCGGGAAUGCCCGAGGUGGACACCCACCCGUUGCACAGCGAUGCCGCUCAGGCCACGGGAGACGACAACCACGACGAUGAUAGCGACAAUGACUACGGCGAUGAUGACAAUGAGACGCCGUCUGGGGCGUCGUACUCAGAGCGGCGGCAACGGCGUCAGCCAAGCCCGCGCAUGACCGCUCUUGCCGAGUUGGAUAUGCUCGUCGACCUCAUCGCCGCCGCGAACAGCUGCCGCGUGCUCGGCCGGCAUGAGGCGACGUGGAACAUGGAGGUACACAGCCCGCUAUUCCGUCUUGCCCUCGACCGGCCAGACUGCGCCCACGUGCUUGUUGAGGCUGUCACUCACGCGUCCAUCGCACCACCGUUCAUCCCGCCGUGGAAACUCGCACUGAACAGGACGGAAGCCCGCGAGACGGUUGACUCUGAGAGACUUGACUUUGCCCUGGCGUUGUUCGUGGAUCCGGGCAUUCCGUGUGACCAGCACCGUCGGCCCGGGCGACAGCGGGAGGCGGACCCGACCCUGGCAGAGGCGAUCCGUGAGGCCGUGGCGAACAUGCCUAUAUCCAUGGGCGUGAAUCAACUGGCGUACACGCCACUGCGGCACUCUCCCAUCGCGGUCGGGGUCGAGACCAAGACGGGCAUGAGCAAUCUUGAGGAAGGACGGCGACAACUUGGUGUUUGCACGGCGGCCUGGCACCGGCGGAUACUUGCGCUAAUGGCGCAGAAGACUCAUAUGGCGGGGAAGAAGAUCGUAAAAUUGUCAUUGCUACUUAUUAUAGAGCACGAGUGGAGGUUAAGUUUCGCCGUUGAUGUAGGGGAUGCGAUUGCAACACUAGGACUGUCGCUGAGUUGA